CUCUUACGUAAUGUAAUUAAAAGAUUGUCUCUACUUCUUAUACCAUAUUCUAAGCAACCUGUUUUUCAACAUUUGCCUCUCAUAUAUAAUAAUUACAACACCUCAAUUCCUCUCUCACACAACACAACACACUCUGGCCUCUGCAGCAGUUGAGAAACAAAAAACAAAAGCGAUUCCUUUUAUUCUGUGGGCAAACCCAGAAGAAUUUAACAAAACAUCUCUCUCCUUGGGUGGCUCAGUUUUCUCUCUUCAAUUUGUGCAUUGUUGGUCAAUAGAAGGUCCUGUUCAGAAUCACCUUUACAACUCAAAAUCUUUUGCUUCCGUUGAGCCCUGGAAACAUAAGAUCUCUCCUUCUUUAUUCAUUAGAGACAUGGUUGUUGUUGUUGCUGCUUAACAAUUCAGAGCCUUGUGUUGGAGUCUGCAAAGUUGAAGAAAAGAAAUGUCUGGAAAGGCUUUGAAAUCCUUGAAGGAUGAAAACCCAGAUUUACAGAAGCAAAUUGGAUGCAUCACUGGAUUUUUUCAGCUCUUUGACCGCCACCGUUUCAUCACAGGCCAAGGCACUAGUAGCUACAUUCAACACAAUACUUCAGUUGGAAGCGGUAAUGAAAUCAAAGAGCUCAAUGGUACAAUUCUGAAAGCUAAGGCAAAGAAUCUGAAGAAUGCCAGAGAAAAGCAACAAUUCUCCACAGAAUCAUCCAUAACUUCUUUGUCUUCAUCAUCUUGUUCAUCUAGCAUGUCUUCCCUCGAGUUUAACAGAACAAUUCAGACACAAUCCCCAUCAAGAAAUCAUAUCAAAAUUCAUGAAAACACAAAUCCAAAAGUAGCAAAGAAGCAACUUGAUACGCCAUGCCAGCAAUCACCAGAUUUCCAUCAUAUUGUCAAAGACUCGAUGCAUAAGGAAGCUCAAGGAUUGUCUCUGAAAACUGUGGUUAAAGAGGAAAAGAAGGCUCACACUAAUGUCUUGAAACAUAUAGACUCCCCUAGGCCUUUGAGGUCACACAGAUCCUUCAAUGAAGGGCAUACAGUUUCCAGUGAACUAUCACACCCUCUUGCCAAGUCCAAGAAAACACCUUGGGACUCGCCGCGACUCUCUUAUGACGACACAUUCAAAUCUGCCACAAAGCAUAAGGAACUUCCAAGGCUUUCCUUGGACAGCAGAGAAGGGUCCAAUAAAGGUUUCAAUGAAGGAAACAAGUUGAAGGGUUCACAUAAAGGGUAUGGGAGAAACUCUAGCACAAUGAUCAACCAGCCUCAUGAACCAGAAACUUCCAAAAGAUCUUCCAGUCUUGUAGCUAAGUUGAUGGGACUUGAAGCCCUCCCAGAGUGCACACAAACUUGUGGGGGUCCAAUGGGAACACCUAAUUGCCCUAUCAAAAAGAAUGAGCUCUUGGGAAGAUCUAGCACAAGUGAUGAAGACAAGCAACACCAAAGAUUCACCUUGCCUCAGUCUAGAAAGGCUGAUUCAAUCACAAAUGUGACACCAUAUUCGCGAUUUUCACUAGAAUCAUCUCUGUGGAGGCAACCUGAUGCAAGCCAAAGCUCUCAAUUACAAGCUUCCAAGGGAAGUGAAUCUGUCACAAAAGCCUCAAAGCCCUCUCUCACUGUAUAUGGGGAAAUUGAGAAAAGAGUGGCGGAACUCGAGUUCAAGAAGUCUGGAAAGGAUCUCAGAGCCCUUAAACAGAUUCUUGAAGCAAUGCAAAGACAUAAAGAUUCAUUAGAUAUUGCUGGAGAUCAGGCUUCAAAUUCCCCAUCUGACAAUAGCAAUAGUACCAGUCUCAAUGAAAGCUCAAAACUACAAAGCCCAAGAGGACCACAAAAAGACAUGGUAUCUGUCACAAUUGACUUGUCAAAUUCAACCCGCGGUAGUAAAUUACCAAUUGUCAUCAUGAAACCAGCAAAAGUUACUAGAAAACACAAUAAUCCUUCUUCUACAGAAUUGCCAAUUCAUGGUAAAUCUGGUCUCAGCAGGUGUUCUUCUAAUCAUCCCACAAAUGGAAGAUUGAUUCAGAAGCAAACUGCUAAAGUUAACAGUUCAACAACAAAAAGCAUCAAGGAUCAUUUUGGUCAACAAGUUCUUUCAUCAGAUAAAAAUAAUAACAUAAGAACUUCAAAGUCGAUGCAAUCCUUGAAAGUUCCUCAAGACAGAAGUGAAGAAAGUACCACCAACUCCGGUUAUAUAACAGUGACUGGGAGCCCCAGAUUACAAAAGAAGUAUGGUUUGGAUAGGCGUUCGCAACCAAUUAGUCCAUCAUCAGAUUCCAGGAUUAACAGAAGAGAGCACAAUAGGCAACCUAUGGAAUUGUCUUCUCCAAGUACAACACCGAGACAUAAUAAGUUCUCGACUUCGCAGCAAAGAAAUGAACGCAUCAGUGAGAUCAGCUGUCACUGGAGGGAUUUUAAGCAUCAUCUUAAUGUCAUUUCGGAUUUUGACGACAAAAGCUCAGCCAGUCAUAGUGAGGCUGAAUUCAUUCGCAUUGAUCAAUCCGGAAAGAUCAUUAACACCUCCAUCCAGAAUGCAUUUGAAGAUCUGAGGAAGGAACUAUCCAAGGCUGAGGCAACAGUCACUGCAGAACAACCAAGUCCUGUGUCUGUUCUUGAUGCAGCAUUCUAUAGGGAAGAUCCACCAUCUCCAGUGAAAAAGAAAUCAGACAACUCAAAAAAAUUGUGUGAAGCUUUAAGCACUGAUGAUGAUAGUGAACAGAACUCGGUGGAAAUUCAAGAAAUUGACUGGUUUGAUGAGAAAUUCAUCAAUUUCAAUAACAUUAAGGAUCCUGACCACAAGUACAUAUCAGAAAUACUGUUAGCAUCAGGUCUUCUCAGUGGCCACAGCCCUAGCCAGAUAUUUCAUUCACCGGGUCACUUGAUUAAUCCAAACUUGUUCUUUGAACUUGAACAAAUGAAGAAAAAGAUGAGGCAUUUUGAUGAUGAAGUCAGUGCCACGAAGAUUCCCAGAAUGCAAAGAAAACUCAUAUUUGAUGUUGUAAAUGACAUUUUAGUUCAAAAACAGAUAUUGCACAGUUCUUCUGCAUCAACACUAAAAGGGAAGCAGCUUCUGGAUGAGCUAUGCACAGAAAUAGAUCAGUUGCAAGCUCAAAAUGGGAAUGUGAGCAUAGUGCAUGAGGAUGAGGAUUUGAAGCAUCACCAUGCAAUUUGGACUAACUGCUGCAGUGAGGUACCAAAUAUUGUGUUGGAUAUUGAACGUUUGAUCUUUAAAGAUUUGGUAAAUGAGGUUGUGAGAGGUGAUGUUGCAAAGCAUCGUACACAUUGCAGGCAACUGGUGUUUCCCAAGUAGUAAUUUUGGCUAUUAUGCAGUUUGAGGGAAAAAAAAUAUAUCUAGCUCUAGUCUUUCAUUUAUUUAUUUUUGUUGCCCAGAGUAUUCUUCGGCCGAGAGAGACUAAUUGAGUUACACAUGAAUCAUUUAUAGUCUUUCAUAUAUUACCUUUCUAAUCUAGCUACACAUGAUAUAGUUUGGUGGGGGCAAUUAGCUACAUAUUAGGCCGUUUUCACUUGUUUUGAAUAAAUUGUUGUCUUUCUUCAUGUAUUUAUAGUCGGUCUUCGUAAAUACAUGAAGAAAUACAGAUAAACGUAUAUCAUUAUCGACUUUCACAGGCUGUUGAAAAUAU